CUCUGAUCUGCGAAGAAUUGGGCGAAGAAUUGCCAAGCCACUGACAGUCGGACACACAUCGUCGCGAAACAACCUACUUCCUUCCUUGAGAAAACACCGGAGCGACAUUUUGCACAAGUUAUUCGGAAGUUAAACAGUACAUAGCAUACGCUUUUUCAUACAAAUCACCGGCACAAAACGGAGCUUCCACCGGGUAUUAUCAGUAGGAAAAAGAAGAAGACUGGAUAGGCAUUGAGCAAAAUGGGCACGUCAUCGUUUUGGGUUGCGUCAACCCUUCUCGUUUGUUUGGCCAGUUCCGGCUGGGCUCUUUAUUCCUCGUCCGAUGAUGUGGUGGAACUGACCGCUAGCAAUUUUGAUCGGAAUGUUAUCAAAAGCGACGAAGUGUGGGUUGUCGAGUUUUACGCACCAUUUUGUGGACACUGCCGGAACCUUGUUCCGGAGUACAAGAAGGCCGCUACUGCCCUAAAAGGAGUGAUCAAGGUGGGCGGCGUCAACUGCGAGGAGGAGCAAAGCAUUUGUUCACAGUAUGGCGUCCGUGGCUAUCCCACUAUUAAGAUAUUCGGUGCCAGCAAACGAUCACCGGUUGAUUACAAUGGCCAGAGAACAGCGAAGGACAUCGCGGAAUCUGCACUGGCCGAAGCGAAAAAGAAAAUCAAGAACGUCCUCGGUGGAGGUGGAAGCAGCAGCAGUGGUGGCGGUUCGGAUAGCGGAAGCUCCGGAAAGGAUGUCAUUGAACUGACUGAUUCUAACUUCGACAAACUGGUUUUGAACAGCGACGACAUUUGGUUGGUUGAAUUCUUCGCUCCUUGGUGUGGUCAUUGCAAAAACUUGGCUCCUCACUGGGACAAAGCUGCUAGCGAACUCAAGGGCAAAGUUAAGCUAGGAGCAUUGGAUGCCACAGUUCACACCCUCAAGGCACAACAGUUUGGAGUUCAAGGUUAUCCUACGAUUAAAUUCUUUGCUGGGGGGCCGAAGGACCGUGACUCGGCACAGGACUAUGACGGUGGACGUACCUCGUCGGAUAUUGUCAACUGGGCAUUAGAAAAGUACACUGAAAACAUUCCAGCACCGGAAAUUGUUCAGCUAACUUCCGAAGAAGUUUUCUCCAAAAAUUGCAAAGAUAAACCAUUGUGCGUACUUUCGGUUCUGCCACACAUUCUGGAUUGCGAUGCGGCCUGCCGGAACAAGUACAUUAACAUGCUGAACAAGAUGGGUGAGAAGUACAAGAAAAAGCAAUGGGGAUGGCUGUGGAGCGAAGGCGGUGCGCAGCUGGCCAUUGAGAACAAUCUGGACAUCGGGGGAUUCGGAUAUCCGGCAAUGGCUGUCGUUAAUACCAAGAAAAUGAAGUAUUCGCUGCUACGAGGUUCAUUCUCUGAAGACGGUGUCAAUGAGUUCUUGCGGGACCUGUCCUAUGGCCGUGGAAAUACUGCCCCAGUCAAGGGAGCUGAGAUUCCGAAAAUCAACACAAUUGAACCGUGGGACGGCAAAGAUGGUCAACUGCCAGAGGAAGAAGACAUUGAUCUAUCGGAUGUGGACCUUGAUGAUAAGGACGAACUGUAAACGGAACGCGUUUUAGUGCCCGUUUUAGCUUUAGAUUAAACUAGAUUAAUCCAGGAGAUCAAACUUGUCACUUUUUUCAAUUCUAAUAAAUGAAAUUGGAAAACUA